AUGAAAAAUAAAUAUCAAUUUCAGGCCGUUGAACCUCCUCAAACAGGACGAAAUACAUAUCAGACAUUGGCCGUUCUUCACUCUGGGCAAGUACUGGCCACUGCCCAUGGAGGCCCCGCCUUCAUUCCAUGGCAUAGAAUUUACUUGCUCCUCUUGGAAACGGCUUGUGGUAGCCCCAUCCCCUAUUGGGAUUCCACAGUUGAUCAUGAUAUGAUUGACCCUACCAGUUCAGUGAUAUGGAGUGACAUGUUCUUUGGAAACGGCGAUGGUGACGUUAUGACUGGACCAUUCCAAAGCUUAAGAACAAUUCUUGGAGAUUCAAUCAUACGAAAUAUAGGGACAGGUGACAGCUCUCUCUUUACCAAGGAAGGUCUUGCUGCUGUGCUGAGUCGUCGAAGAUACGGGGACAUAGUAGAACCGAAACAAGGGGCUGAGUAUGUUUUCAGCUUGGAAGGUCAUCAUAAUGGACCACAUGUGUGGGUAGGAGGGCAUUUAUCACUCACCCAAACUGCUGCUUAUGAUCCAAUAUUUUUCAAUCAUCAUGCAUUUAUUGACCACGUUUAUGAAAUAUUCAGACAGCAACAACUUCGAUCUGGUAUUAAUCCUGUAAUGGAUUAUCCAACCAUGGCCCCUCCUGGACAUGCUGCAAAUGAUUUCAUUGACUUUAGGCCUUAUGCUCAACCACUGAGAAAUAUUGAAGGUUUAUCUAGAUUCAUAGCAAACUUGGUAAGAUACGAGCCCUUACCAACCUGUCAAAAUCGAUGCAAUCGGAGUCCCCAUUUGUAUUGUGACCGAGUGAGAUUUGUUUGCGUGUCCCGUGCUCGCCCGACAGCAACGAUGCCUAUAGGAGGUGGCUUUGGAAUGGCCAGUCAGCCAGGCCAAGCUCCAGCAAGCCAAGAUGUUCCAACAGAAUCGCGAGCCCGUGCUCAGGCCCGUGGUCCUAUCCCUGGAGGUGCACGAUUUCGAUCUUCACCGUUCACAGAUAGCCGUAAUCGUCCUGAUACAAUCGGAAGUGCUCCAGCUUCACCUCAACUACUCGCAGCUGGUGCACAAGCAAGAGCAGGAGCAGCACGAAAACGUCGUGAUGUAUCUCAGACACAUCAGAACAAUUCAUCACUUAAUGGCAAUUUACGAACAGUCUCUGCCCUCCAGCGAUCAUUUACAAAUACUUUUAUGAUUGAUGGAGUAGUGGAUCUGAAACAGUGGGUCUAUGUACCAGCUCGUGUGUUCUACAAUAGAUCUUUGAACAUCGGUGGUAACGACCCUACUCUCCAUCCUAACAUUGCUCGAAAAGCAAUGAAGAGUUCUUGUCAUGGCGUUAAUUCAGGAGCGUUUAAAGUGUUUGUUACAUCUAACGGUUUAAACUACGUUGGAACUUACAAAGAAUUCGUCAUCAUUGACGAAAGACAGCCAUUUUCUGUAAUGGAUACAGCCAUUGGGAUAAAGAACCCGGAUUAUGGUGGAGGUGAGGUGUUAUUUACUGCAUACGACUCAUGUGGACGGCCUUGUCGAGCUCUCUGUAUGAAGUGGCUUCAAGGAAAAACAGUUUACAAGCCCUGUUCAGCAGUAUUUAAGGUAUCGGCUGCCUUGCCCAAAAUGUUCUACUCUUCAUACCGAGAUGCACUGUCUAGUAACUGGAAAACUAGUAAUUUGAUUAAUUCUCAAGAUGUAGAUUUAACUCCUCCCAUCACUUUUGUUUGUGAUAACAAAAAACUUUGGCCAUGGGAUUACUGA